AUGGAUCCUCCGUUCAUGGUAGACCAGGAUACAAAGCCGCCGGUGCUGAUGCGAAGAAACUUUUUCCCAGAAGAGCACGAUCGCCUGCAAUACAGCUACGAUGUUAAGAUUCCCUUCCCGCAGGGCCAAUACUUUCCUCCUCGACUGUCUGUCCGAGUCAUGCCGAUGAAGGCUUAUGGCGAUCCUGGCGCAAACAAUCAAGAAGUGCACUACAGCGACCCAAGAUAUAUGCCUCAAGAUAUGCCAUAUGACGAGAAAAGAUUCAAGAACUACUAUGGGUAUCCGAUUCAAUCUUUAACUCCUGCUCAUGGCGGCAUGAUGGGCAUGCCUAAUCCCAAUCAACCCGGUAUGAUGAACAAUGGUAUGCCAGGAGCAAUGUCGCUGGGAAUCGGUGCGAUGGGUAUGACUGCUGGCUCCGGCAUGAACAAUGGUGUCGGUGUCAGUGGUACAAAUGGUAUGGGCCCUAACCUCGGGCCAGGUAUGGGAUUGGGAAUGGGCCCAAGUUCCAACGGUGCCCCGGAUCUACCAAACAAUCCUAACAACAAUAGUACAGGCAUGGGCCCGGGCAUGAGCUUAGGCUCUGGCAUAGGUUCAAUGCCAAGCACAAUGAACACUGGUCAUUCGAACUCACUCCCAAACAUGCAGAGCGGUGGUCUGUCUUCUGUACCAAAUUCUAUGGGUUCCAUUAUGGGCCAGAAUCAAUCCAAUGACCCUGAUCAUUCCAUGUCAUCAGCCAAUGCUAACAUCAAUAAUCCCGGCAUGUUGCCAACCAUAAAUCAACAACCAAGCAUAUUUCCCGGAAAGCUCGAAGAAGGCGGGGGCCUUGUAUCUCCAAUUCCUCCUCUUCAUAUCCAGCAACAGCUUGUCAAUAAGGAGGAUGAACACAGAAAGAUUGACGCCGAUAAUCAGAUUCAAUCGAAGUGUUCCAGAUGUAAGAAGGAGUUCACGCAGAGUCUUUUAGUAGCAAAGGACUCUUUUCUGGGCAAAUUUGGUACAGAGCCAAAAAUAUUCAAGCUUUGCGACCACUGCAGAGACUUGCAGCGUGAGCGCCUGAGACGGUGGCAAAAGAAAACCAAAGAUAAACAAGGGGCUUGUCGUCGUUGUGGAAAUGAGAUUCCUCAAGACCAACAGAAGUAUGUCUUGUGCCCACUGUGCCGUCAAAACCUCAGAAUCCGAAAAGCUAAUCGUGCAGCUCAAGGAAAGUGUGUACAUUGUUCUGGUCCGAUCAACUUGCUGAUCAUAAACGAAGAAAGUGUCGAUGAGAACGGACGCAGGUCGUCUGUAUCUGGUGGUUCUUACAAAGUUUGUCAGCGAUGUCGAGAAAAUGAUAAGAUUCGCAGGACCAACUUGGAGCGCAUGGGCAACUGCAAUCGCUGUGCCAAGGCCUUGUCAGCAGAAGAACAGGGAAGACAUAAAGUCUGUUUGAACUGUCGCCAAAAGAAGAAGAAGAUUGGGAGCGUUUCGUUGUAUAGCGGGUUCCCUGGUGUUCCGUCAAUGGUCAAUAUGGAAAACUCUCAGCAAUCUGUCAACAUUCCUCCUCCGCAAAAGAACGUUAUGUCACACAUGAAUUAUAUGCCAAUGGACCAAAAUACCAUGAUGGGGCCAGCCUCAGUGAACCAAAUGAUGCAAGUUGGAGGCCACAUGCCGCAACAGGAGUAUGUCCCUCCAUAUGCACAAGUCAUCCAGUUGCCAGACAUGUAUAAGGCUCAAAUGUCUCAAUACCCAAUGCAGCAUCAACCUGAUCAAAGCCAACAGGGCCAAUAUCUUCUUCAACGGCCACAAUUCAAUCGCUAA